AUGGCUGCGGAUCAGGAUGCUGUGAACGAAAUCAGGCGACGCAAUCCACAACUGAAGGGUGCUAAAUUCCUGACGCCGGCACCGGGUCGCCCCAAGGUUUUUGUCAUGUCUGGCGCACUGUUGGGUCCCACUGGCUACAAAGCCACCAAAGACAACGUGGUUUCGCUCCAGAUGUCACCGGACUUGAUUGGCUCGCCUUUCUAUCCAAACAAUGAGCCAGUUCAAUACGAGUCACAGUCGCGACGCUGGAAUCCUUCAAGAAACGGUCUGGUAGGAGGUGGUUUUGUGGAAAGUUUUGCCUUCGGUGGUGGUGCACCAGAGGACCUUUCCAAUGGUUGGGUCACUACUGCUGCCCCCAUGGAGCCUUUCAGCCUCUCCAAGGCAGUGGGCGUGAGCAGUGCAGGGGUGUCCUCCGUGCCUCUACACGGCCCUUUCCAUGGCAGCUUGAAUCCUGCAAAGCUUAGCCCAAGGUCAGAUUACUGGGCCAUUCCAUCUCCACAGUUUGAGGCAGAGAGCACGAGCACAUACCUCCUCGGUGAUGGUGGAAACAUCGACAACAGUGGUCUCCUGGCUAUGCUGCAGAGAGGGGCAAGACGAAUUGUUUUGGUUGUGAGUACCGGCUCUGCACUUCCCGAUGAUGUAGAGUUUUGUAAAGUUCCAUCCCUGAGUCCUGACGUGGCCAAGCGCUUGGAGAACCAAUUUCAAGCAAACUUUGGUUUUUGGGACAAGGAUGACAUUGGUGAGUUCCUGACGCGCAAUCAGGUCUUCAGCAAGGAUGAACUCUUGCCUUUGCUUUGCCAACCGCAAUCCUUGAAGAGACAAGGGAAGCCGGCGCUGGCAAAGCGCAAACUCAAAGUUCUCCCAAACAGUUGGUGGGGUAUUGAGGGCGGCUACGGUGUGCAGUUGCUGGUAGUGUACAAUGAGAAAUGCAGGGACUUCGAAAGCAAGCUUCCCAAGGACACAUCCGACAAUCUUCAUGCGUUUUUUACUUCUGAGUUCAAGCGCUUCCCGCACUACAGAAUAGUGUUCCAGAAUGCAGGCUCAGGAACUGCACUGACCCAUCCACAAAUUAAUCUAUUGGCUGCAAUGUCUGAGUAUUUUGUCAGAGAAAAUGCAGAGCUUUUUGGUAGCUUUCUCCAAAGGUGA